AGGCAGCUGGCCCGACACGGUGGGGGCCCUGCGAGCGGGGCGGAGGGAGCGGCGCUGCCGAGCCCUAGAGAGAGGGGAAAAACUAAGGCCGAAAGAAUUUAGGAUGCACCCCCAGGGGUUGUUAUACCAAGACGCUCCUACUGCAAAAGCUGCUGUUGAAAAGAAACAAAUUUUUUUUAUAAGAAGAGAAUGGAUGGAGAAGAGAAAACAUACGGUGGGUGUGAGGGCCCAGAUGCUAUGUAUGUGAAGUUAAUAUCCUCGGAUGGCCAUGAGUUCAUUGUAAAAAGAGAGCAUGCAUUAACAUCAGGAACGAUAAAAGCUAUGUUGAGUGGACCAGGACAGUUUGCAGAAAAUGAAACAAAUGAGGUGAAUUUUAGAGAGAUCCCAUCCCAUGUCCUAUCCAAAGUAUGCAUGUAUUUCACCUACAAGGUCCGCUAUACUAACAGCUCUACGGAGAUUCCUGAAUUCCCAAUUGCACCUGAAAUUGCACUGGAACUUCUGAUGGCUGCAAACUUCUUAGAUUGUUAAAUAAAAUAAAUUAUAAUAAAAAAUGUAAAACUUUUUUCAGUAUUUAAUACAUGUAGUUCAGUUAGUAACUUUUUUCAGAUAGCAUGUUGCGUGUGUGCUGUUGAGAACUGUAAAGUUCACUGCAGAGGCAAUUGCCUUCAGUCCUUUUGCAUAUAGCAAUCAUUCAGUUGAAGUUUGUUUUGCUGCUUACACAAAUAAGGACCUUUUCACAAACUGAGACAAAUAAACAAAUAUGCCAAUUA